GGCUCAACAUGCUCAUAAAACUUUCUAGAGUGUUCUUUGUGUUCCCAUAAAAAAGAUGUAGAAUUUCAUAAAGACAAAAUACACUUACACCAGUGUGAUGGAACGGUGAGCCUCCUGCUCUGUCGUUAAUCAGCGAAAGCGCCUGGAAUACUGCACGUCAUUGGAUGAUUGAACACGAGUUUCGCGCACGCGUCAACUUUCAACCACAUAUUUUGAAUUUGAAUUGAGUCUGGACGUUCAACAGCAAGAACAGUCUCUGCACAAAGAAUACUCUCUCACUCGAGACGACUGCAAUGUCUACUACUGAUUGAAAUUAUGUUGUCGUUCACGCUGCUCUUUAUAAUUGGCUAACGCUAGCCUCCCAGAGCAGAAUGCUGUGAUUUUACAGUUUGGGAAGUAUUAGCAGCAUGAGCAUGCUUCUACUUCACUUGUUUUGUGACAAUUAUUGAUUCCCUGAAACAGGCUGAGGAGUGAAACUAUUCAGUGCCAAAAAUUUUUUUUACAACUUAAUAGUCAACGAUACAUAGAAGUAGACGAUAAAGCGCGAUUCAUGUUUUGAUGUUGUGACAUCUCGUAGAAGCAUAGCGAUAAUUAUGACGGCGAACUCGUUUGAUGCAGCGACAUAGGAAGAGAAGGAAAUCAACUUUUUUGAUAGUGCUAACUUGGAUUUGAAAGGAGCGAAGUCUUGCGGUUGAGGCGACACAAAGCAGAGAGACGACUCUGAAGAAUACAAUUUUUCUCUGUGGACGAUAAGAAAAGGAGCGACCUACAACGACUGCAACUUCCUCAUCAAGAAGAAGUAGUAGAUCAUCAAGCAAGUAAGUUGGGGCUAGGAGAAGUUUUUUUCUGUUUUCGAUUUCUUCCUUUUUUCCUUUCGGAGGUUCUUUCCCAGCGGGAAGGAGCUACUCCACCACUCGAAGUACAAAAAUCUCCGAACUUAAACGCAGGCGGACGGACAAUAUGGCCGUCAUUCCUAAGAGGAUAGAGAAGGAGACGCAGAAGCUCCAGACGGAGCUCCCCACUGGGGUAACCUGCAAGCCAACAGAGGAAAACUACCGGUAGUACUCCUGUUACGCAAGUAUUAUAACUGUUGUGCGUUGACUUUCAACAACGGUAGAUUUUCGGAAUGGAAAUUGCGUCGUACACACGAGAUGCUGAUUCUUUUCAUCCUUUCCCCUCUGUUUUUCUUACAACUGCCGCUUUCAAAUUCGAAGCACAAUCUACUCAAAAUUCGAACCUUCUCCUCCCACAUUAAGGUACUUCAAAAUCACGAUGGCGGGUCCGCAACAGACGCCAUAUGAGAAUGGAACCUACGCUUUGGAGCUUUUUUUGCCAGAGCAAUAUCCGAUGGAGCCUCCAAAGGUUCGUUUUUUGACAAAAAUUUAUCAUCCGAAUAUCGACAAGUUGGGACGAAUCUGUCUCGAUAUUCUCAAAGACAAAUGGACGCCUGCAUUGCAAAUCCGAACCGUGCUCAUAUCAAUCCAAGCAUUAUGAAGAUUUCUCGUUGUUGUUUGCAUUGACACUAUCUACUAUGAAUAAAACUGUCCGAAUAGUUUGUUCUUGUGCCUCUGGAUGAGGUUGAAUGUACAAGGUCUUUUACAGAUACCACGACACCCAUGUGGUGCUGGGAGAGUGGGUACCAAGAUUUGUUCCUAUGAAAAGCCUUUCGAGGUCUUACAACUUCAACUUCGACUUCCUUGAAUAUUAACAAAAAUUUACGGUCCGAAUAUUGCCUUUCAUUUUUGCUGCUCUCGGCGCCUAACGCAGACGAUCCGCUAGACCCUACGGUAGCCAAGCACUUCAAGGAAAAUGCGAAGGAGGCGCUCCAACUAGCACGAAAUUGGAACGACAUGUACGCGAUGCAGGAGGAAGCUGCUUAGACGGAACAAAAAGCACUUCAACUACUACAUAGGGGGGUCAUGUGACGAGGAUUUGGAAGUAGAAAUGCAGCUCCUGCUUUAUCCUGGUGUUGAGAGCACGAUAUUAUGCUGUCCUUCAUGAGGUAGUAUCUAAUCAAAAGAAGAUCUCUGGGGAGGUGAUUCUGAAUUUACUUGGAAUCAAGGACGACCGGUUUGCUUGUAGUUGAGUGGUUGUUCGUUCACCCGGCUGCCCUAGUUGUGAAUACAUAGAUGACAAUAUUGAGGUGGAAAAUGGUAACCACCCCCUCCGAUUAUCCCGCAAGGGACGUAUUUUUUGACUCGGAGGAGUGAUGUUGAGGAUCGACGAUGAUCGGGAUGAAGUCUUGUAAGGUUGUUGUGGUUGCUGUUGUAUUUUCACAUGGAUGCCUCGCUCGUCGAGAAUAGGAUCUGUUGUAUUUUCACACGGCACAAUGAACAAGAAGCAUAGGAUUGAUGUCGCACCCACCCGACAUCCGUAGAAUAUACCUCAAUCCACGAAACCUUUACCCCAAGCAUUGCUAUCACGAAUUUUCAAGAAGCAAAAGUGGAAAUGCUUCUGCACCACCUUCUAAAGGAGGAGACUUCAUUUAACACGGCCAUGCAUACGGCCUUUUUUUGCUGGAAGGCCGCAGAUGAAAAUCUGUUUGAUCUUGAAAGACUAAGG